AUGGGGAUAGUACAGACCCUACUGGAAUCAAUUGUGGAACCAGAUGUAUGCGAACGAUUUGGUUGUUCCCGUGUCGGGCCAAUGAAUGGUUCCAGUUCCGUAUCAUCUGCCAGUCGUUCCAAUGCAGUGCCGGAUUCACACGCCGGUGCACAAAACAGAUCACAAAGGUACAAACGACCAAGCGUUCCGGAAUCGGGUGCAUUACCUCAGCAACAAACGAAUCGAAAUUCCACCGAGAACAAGCCAUCCAAUCAGUAUACACCACAUCAGCUGCAGGCUGUGACCCGUAUCCGGCAGGCCAGAACGCAUCAGGAACGUUUGGGUGUUAGUUAUCAAGCAAGCCUGGACGAAAUCAAUCGAGCCUAUCGAAAAUUGGCAUUCACGGUGCAUCCUGAUAAGAAUUUCGCACCUGGAAGUGAAGAAGCCUUUAAACUGCUCGUCGCAGCUCGGACAGCUCUCAUGCAUCAACCAGACCUUCCAAAUUCGAAUUACAAAUUUCAUGCAGCAUUUUGA